CUAAAAUAUGCUAAUGAAACCGAAGCUGCGAAAUGCCACACGCUGAUUUAGUAUAAGUACAGCAGGACCUGGUGUCGUUUCUGAAUGUUUUGGUAAAUAGGCAUUUGAACACUACACAACUCUACCAACCCUGAUCGCUCCUGGUAUCUAUUCUUCACAGACAAGUACAAGUUUUGUACUCUUGCCCCCUUGUACCCCAAAAGAAAAAUAUCAACCAUGCCCACUGUCACUAGAAAAGAUGAAGGUGAGCUCAUGCAGCUCACAUCAUCAAUCAACAUGGCAGCCGCCAACAUCAAGGCGUUUUGCGAGACUGAAGGUUUCCAGCAGCCAUCGCUCUUGCUGGCGCCGAAUGUCCCCCGCAACCUCCAGACUGCGCCCUAUUUCGAAGCCAGGGACGAGCUCCUCGCCUCGGCCGAGCAGCUCAUCCGUCUGGUCCGAGGACCGAGGGAGCACUUGAUCAGCCUCAGCAUUGAGCACAUUGCAAGCGCCUCUCUGCAUGUCAUCAUGAAAUACAAGCUCGCCAGACAUGUACCGCUCAAAGGCACGACUACGUACGCCGCUAUCGCCAAAGCGGUGGGCAAAAAGGAGAUGACGCCGGAGCUGGUCGGGCGCGUGCUCGAACACGCUGCGACUUACGAUUUGUUCAAUGUCAUGACCGGCGGCCUGGUGUCGCACAAUAUCGCGUCCUCCAUGCUCGUUACAGAUCCUGAUCUGGAAUCUUGGAUGGAGAUCAACUGCACCGUGGCCUAUCCGGCCGGUGCAGCCAUGGUUAAAGCCCUGGAGAUGUAUGGAUACAGCCCAGAAGUAGAAGAGGCUCCUUAUGGAGUUUCAAUCGGGCAAAAAAUUGGACAAUUCGAGUCGUACAGAAUCCCGGACGCCGACGGCAGACGGUUGCACGAAGUGUUCGCCCGUGCCAUGAAGGGUAUCGGCGCCGAGGGUAAAUACGAUUACCAGCACGUCGUGGACGCCGGCUAUCCUUGGCACGAGCUGGAGAGGGGAGCUGGUCACCUAGUGGUGGAUAUUGGCGGCGGAACGGGCCACGUCUCGGUGGCCGUGGCGAAGAGAUACCCAAACUUGAGAUUCGAGGUCCAGGACCUCCCGGAGACUAUCGCAAUGGGCGAGGCGAUGUGUCCGGCAGAGCUCAAAAACCGAAUCAAAUUUCGACCCAAUGACUUCAUGACGCCACAAACCCCGCGACGGGACCUCAACGGUGAGGGCGUUGCGUAUUUCCUCCGUUGGAUCCUCCAUGAUUGGAGUGACAAAUAUGCGAGCAAGAUUCUGCAGGGUCUGGUGGUUGCUCUUCGACCACAAGAUCGAAUCAUUAUCAACGAGUUUAUUGUUCCGGAACCGGGGACGACGAGUCCUCAGAGGGCCCGAAGGGCGCAUGACAAUGAUCUGCUGAUGUACAUGAAUCUCAACGGCCGCGAGCGAAAUGUUGGGCAAUUUGAGGAACUGGGUAAAUCAGUAACGCCUCAGUUGAAGGUGCACAGAGUUCAUCGGCUGGUUCAAGGUGAGCUUUCCAUCAUUGAGAUGGUUCGGGUUGACUCUACUUUGUAACUACUUGGAUCUGUCUGUGUUUGGUUUCUGUAUAAUUAGAAGGUCUACUAGGGCGUUCAGAAGACACGGUAGUUAUAUUUAAAGUAAGGGAAUGGAACCAAAAC